AUGAUCACGCAGAUUCUGAUAAUAGAUAAUAUAAAAUAACCAUUAUCUUUUGAUUCUGAUGCUGGAGAUAAUAAAGCUCUUUCUAUAAAAGAAAAACUCAAUAAUACUUCUUCAGAAGAAUCUAGCUUAUCUAAUCCUUCCAAUCAACUUAGAAAAUACUUAUAAAUCAAAAUAGAAAAAAACGAGUUUCUAAUUUCCACUCUUAAGAUAUUUAAUAAGCAAGUACUUCAACAUCUUUUUCUUAAUAAUAAGUUUCAAUAACUUAGAAAAGCAAAUUCAGUAGUAAUGUUUCGAAUAAUAGUCCUCAGUUGA